GAAGCUGUACCUUUGAUGAACCAUUCAGUGAUUGCGGCUACACCCAGGGAAUGGAAGGUAGUGACCUUGACUGGGAGCAGAUCAACACAAUGGUGAAGCCUUCCCUGGAUCCAUGGAUACCUACAGGAUCCUUUAUGAUGGUUAACACCUCUGGACAACAGCUAGGACAAAAAGCCCAUCUGCUGCUGUCGAAACUGAAAGAGAAUGACACACACUGCAUCGAUUUCCAUUACUUUUUAUCUGCCAAGGACGGGGCCAACUCUGGGUUACUAAACGUUUACGUGAAGGUCAAUGAUGGUCCCCUGGGGAAGCCAAUCUGGAAUGUGUCUGGAAUGACAACAAGAAGCUGGAACAGAGCCGAGUUGGCCAUCAGUACUUUUUGGCCCAAUUUCUAUCAGGUUAUAUUCGAAGCCGUGACAUCAGGCCAGUCUGGGUACAUUGCCAUAGAUGAAGUGAAAAUCCAGGGACACCCAUGCACCAAAUCUCCUCAUUUCCGUCGCCUGCAAAAUGUAGAAGUUAAUGCUGGGCAGAAUGCGACUUUCCAAUGUAUGGCCAAUGGACAGACCACAUUCUCUGACAAACUGUGGCUACAGCGACGCAGUGGGAAGGACACUCCCAUGAAGGAGACCAAGGUGCUGAAUUACCGUCGAUUUGUAGCAACUUUCAAUGUGGCGAACACUAUGCGGAGUGACACUGACCACUAUCGCUGCGUGAUUGAAUCCCAGGGAGGCUCCGGUGUUUCCAACUAUGCCGAGUUAGUUGUGAAAGAUCCACCGACUCCAAUAGCUCCUCCUCAGCUCAAUUCUGUCGGGGCGACAUAUUUAUGGAUCCAGCUGAAUGCCAACUCCAUUAGUGGCGAUGGGCCCAUUAUCCAGCGGGACAUUGAUUACCGCAGCACGAGUGGGAGCUGGACAGACAUACAGCCAGUGGACAGCCAUCAAUACAAAAUUGGCCAUUUGGACCCUGACACCGAGUAUGAAAUCCGAGUACUUCUCACCCGCCCUGGGGAAGGUGGAAGGGGAGCUCCUGGCCCUCCUCUCAUAAUGAGAACAAAGUGUGGAGAUCCCAUGCAUGGGCCGAGGAAUAUAGAAGUUGUGAAGAUCAAGUCUAAACAAAUCACAAUCCGUUGGGAGCCUUUCGGUUACAAUGUGACCCGUUGCCACAGCUUUAACCUUACUGCUCAAUACCGGUAUGCAGUGGGAGGUCAAGAGCAUGUGGGUGAAGAAGUCUGCCAGGACACAGGACACAUUCAACCACAAUAUACCCUGCGCGGUCUACCACCUUACACCAAUGUAAGUGUGAAAUUGGUCCUAAUGAACUCAGAAGGAAGAAAGGAAAGUGAUGAGCUUGUGAUCCAGACGGAUGAAGAUGUGCCUGGUGCAAUCCCCAUAGACUCAGUUCAAGGAAGCACCUUCGAGGAGAAGAUAUAUCUACAGUGGAAGGAGCCAAUAGAAACAUUUGGUAUUAUCACACUUUACGAGGUUUCCUACAAUGGCAUUGGUUCCUUUGAUCCUGAGAUUGACUUAUCGAACCAAAGUGGCCGAGUGUUCAAGCUGGGAAAUGAGACCCACCAUCUAUUUGUGGGUUUGUACCCAGGGACCACCUAUUCAUUCACUAUCAGUGCCAGCACUGUCAAAGGUUAUGGACACCCUGUCACCAAGCAGUUUACCACAAAGAUAUCAGCACCAUCCAUGCCAGCAUAUGAUUAUGACGCACCACUGAACCAGACUGACAGCACAGUGACUGUUCUGCUGAAGCCUGCUCAGAGCAGAGGAGCCCCAGUCAGUGCCUAUCAGGUCAUUGUGGAAGAGGAACACCCACGCAGAAGCAAGAAGGCCACUGAUGUCCUGGACUGCUACUUUGUCCCCAUCACCUACCAAAACGCCUCGAUUUCAGACUCCCCUCAUUACUUUGCUGCAGAAUUUCCACCAGAUGCUCUUCAAAUAGCCCAACCAUUUAUUGUUGGAGAUAACAAGACCUACAGUGGCUACUGGAAUGCCCCCUUACUCCCUCAUAAGAGCUACAGCAUUUAUUUCCAGGCAGUGAGCAAAGCCAAUGGGGAAACCAAAAUUGACUGCGUCAGGGUGGCCACAAAAGCUGCGAUAAUUGUGACUCAGCUUACAACACCAUACAUUCGCAUCGCCCCUGCUGCAGGCGACAACCAACUAACAGGAGGUGCAACUCGCAAACCGAGUGCUGAAGAACCAGAAAAGCAGACAGACCACACUGUAAAAAUCGCUGGGGUUAUUGCUGGAAUUCUGCUGUUUGUCAUCAUUUUCCUUGGCAUAGUUUUGGUCAUGAAGAAAAGGAGAAGCUCCCAGUCCUACACUUAUUAUCUGAAACUGGCAAAGAAGCGAAAGGAUACCCUGAGCAGCACCCGUCAGGAGAUGACUGUGAUGGUCAAUUCAAUGGACAAGAGUUUUACUGAGCAAGGUACUAACUGUGAUGAGGCAUUCUCCUUCAUGGAUACCCACAAUCUGAAUGGGAGAGCCAUGUCCUCACCAUCUUCAUUUACUGUGAAGACAAAUACACUGAAGAGUCCAUCUAUGCAGAAUUCCUACUACCCAGAUCCAUUCGUGCCAACUGCAAUAUUAGUGCCAAUAAAUGAUGAAAAUCACACAGUCACCAGUGAGGCCAGCAACCUGGGAAAGCAACAUCCCUAUAAGAAGCGAGAGCCUGUGGAUGUACCUUAUCAAACUGGGCAGCUUCAUCCAGCCAUACGUGUGGCAGACCUGCUGCAGCAUAUUACCCAGAUGAAAUGUGCUGAAGGCUAUGGAUUCAAAGAGGAAUAUGAGAGUUUUUAUGAAGGACAGUCUGCCCCAUGGGAUUCUGCCAAGAAAGAUGAAAACAGGAUGAAAAAUAGAUAUGGGAAUAUCAUUGCUUAUGAUCAUUCUCGGGUCAGGCUGCAACCAUUGGAGGGAGAUUCAAACUCUGACUAUAUUAAUGCAAACUAUGUGGAAGGCUAUCACAGACCAAACCAUUAUAUCGCCACACAAGGACCAAUGCAAGAGACUGUCUACGAUUUUUGGAGGAUGAUCUGGCAAGAAAACUCAGCCACCAUCGUCAUGGUUACAAACUUGGUGGAAGUUGGAAGAGUGAAGUGCUGCAAGUAUUGGCCCGAUGAUACUGAAAUUUACGGAGACAUUAAAGUAACUCUCAUUGAGACAGAGCUGCUGGCCGAAUAUGUGAUAAGGACAUUUGCAGUAGAGAAGAGAGGUGCUCAUGAGAUUCGAGAGAUUAGACAGCUCCACUUCACUGGAUGGCCAGACCAUGGUGUUCCAUACCAUGCUACAGGACUGCUGGGCUUUGUACGGCGGGUAAAGACAAAGAAUCCAGCGGGUGCUGGCCCUAUUGUGGUACAUUGCAGUGCUGGAGCAGGAAGAACAGGCUGCUUUAUGGUCAUUGACAUCAUGUUGGACAUGGCGGAUAGAGAAGGGGUUGUUGAUAUUUACAACUGUGUCAGGGAACUCCGCUCACGCAGGGUCAACAUGGUCCAGACAGAGGAGCAGUAUGUGUUCAUCCAUGAUGCUAUCCUGGAGGCCUGUUUGUGUGGAGAUACAGCAAUUCCAGCCUCUCAGCUCAGGUCUGCAUAUUAUGAGAUGAAUAAACUGGAGCCACAGACUAACUCCUCACAGAUAAAGGAGGAGUAUAGGACUCUUAACAUGGUGACCCCAAACCUACGAGUGGAGGACUGCAGUAUAGCACUUCUACCACGAAACCAUGAGAAGAAUCGAUGCAUGGAUGUCCUCCCACCAGACAGAUGCCUCCCAUUCCUGAUCACAAUAGAUGGCGAAAGUAGCAACUAUAUCAACGCUGCCCUAAUGGAUAGUUACAAGCAACCUUCAGCUUUCAUUGUUACUCAACAUCCCUUACCGAACACUGUGAAGGACUUCUGGAGGCUCGUGUUAGACUACCACUGUACUUCAAUCGUCAUGCUCAAUGAUAUGGACCCUGCACAGCUGUGCCCCCAGUACUGGCCAGAAAAUGGUGUCCAUCGGCAUGGUCCCCUCCAGGUGGAGUUUGUGUCUGCUGACUUGGAGGAAGACAUUAUCAGCAGAAUAUUCCGAAUUUACAAUGCAUCCAGGCCUCAGGAUGGUUACCGAAUGGUUCAGCAGUUCCAGUUUCUGGGCUGGCCUAUGUACCGUGACAAUCCUGUCUCAAAGCGUUCCUUCCUGAAACUCAUCAGGCAGGUGGAAAAGUGGCAAGAGGAAUAUGAUGGUGGAGAGGGACGCACCGUUGUACACUGUCUGAAUGGUGGAGGGCGCAGUGGAGCUUUCUGUGCCAUCAGUAUCGUGUGUGAGAUGCUCCGACACCAGCGAGCAGUCGAUGUGUUCCAUGCUGUGAAAACACUGAGAAACAACAAGCCCAAUAUGGUGGACCUGCUGGAACAGUAUAAGUUCUGCUAUGAAGUGGCAAUUGAGUGCUUGAAUUCUGGUUGAUGCAAGAUCCGUGGCAUCUCAUGAGGCCCCUCUCGUCCACAUCCAGAAAACAAUGCGCAGGCUCCUGGUAAACUAUGACAAGAGAGCUAUAAAUCAGUGGCCAUCAGUUCUACAAGCCAACGCUUCUCUUUGUUUUUAAUUCCACAAACUGGGUCCCUUCUGGGGUCUCAGAGAGAGACUGUAAAAAAAAAUCUGCUUGCACUGCCAAACAUUUACUUUAAACCAGCAGCUCUCCAUACUGCAGCUGUUUGAUAUUUAAAAGGAAAUUGGUAUUCAUACUAAAUGUAUACACAUUACUCAGAGCAUUGUUAGUUAGCUGGUGUAACUAAAGAGAACAUUUUUGUUUUAAUGCAAGAUAUUUUACUGGCAGUCCAGAGGAGUUGACUAAUAUUCAGGAGUGGAAAUUAGGAAUAGGCCAUUGGCCUUAGCUGAUGUGUCUUCUUGGCUCUAAGUACAAUUUUCUAAAAAAACCUAUUCCAGACCUUGCCAGCAUUAUGUCUGUAUCCCAUUUAUCUCUCACUUACUGGUUUGGAGUCUCUCCAUUUUUUUGCCAUGCAAAAUGAUCUGAGAUAUUCUGCAAUCGAUGUACUUGGUGCCAUUUUAUUCUGUUAAUGAAUUAAUGAACAAUUCCAUUGAUUAAAAAAGUUGAGACUUAGAACCAGUUUCUUCAAUCACCAUUUCUGGCUGCUUCUUUCUUCCAAUUUUCCUUCAUUAUUUUACACUUUUAAAACAUUUUCAUUUCUCCUUCAUCUCCAUCCAUCGUCAUUUUUUGAUUAUGUCUCAGUUAAGCAUUUUGGGGUGUUUCAUUACAUUAAAGUAAUUCCACAUAAGCUCCAAUUUCUGAUACAGGAAUAUAAGACCAGGAGAAAAGCAUUCAUUCUCGUCAGGCGUAUUCCACCAUGCAAUGAGGCCAUGACUGAUUUGCAGCUCAUCCAUUCACCCAACCUUCCUCCACUCGCUCGAUAGCCUGACCUAAUUAAUACUAUCAAUCUCCAUUGUAAGAAUUCUAACAAACCUAGCAUUUGGCAAUGUUUUGCGAGAGUGAGUUUCAGAUUCCUGCUGUACACAUGUAAACAGGUUCCACUCUAAAUUUAAGAUUUUAGGACAGUGUUAGGGAAAACUUACUUCAGUCAAACAAUUGUGAAUCUUUAGAGUUCUUGACACCACAGGGUUAUCAUUUAAUGCAUUUAGGCUGGGAUAUAUAAACCUUUAGAAUCUCAGGGAGUCAAAGGAUAUGGAAAAUAGUCAGAAAAGUGGAUUUGAAUUCCAAGACCUUCCAAGACUGUAUUAAAUACCAUAGCAAUAUGGAAUACUCCUGUUCCCAUUUCUUGAAGUUUUGGGGUUUUUUUGUGAAGAUAAUACUUUUUCUUCUAGGACUCCACAGCCAAAAAAAAAUUCCCUAUCAAUUAAGCACAUGGACCAAAUGGCCUCAUAAGACGUAGGAACGGAUGUAGGCCAUACAGCCCAUUGAGUCUUCACUGCCAUUCUCAGCUAAUAUUCCUCAACUCCACUUUCCUAACACCUUCAUUUACUUAUUGAUUGAAAACCUCUCUAUCAUAGCCUUGAAUCUCAUUGCUGUAUAAAUCUAUCAUUUUAUCUGAGUAAAUCUUCCUUGUCUUCAAGAUCUCAAUCAGACCAUCUCUCAAGUUUUCAAAGUCAGAGGAAUAUAAACUAUGUGUAUGCAAUUUGUUCUCAUACUCUUACCCUCAAAGCCCUAGUAUGAGUCUGGUGAAUCUAUGUUUGUGGUUUGCUGCCCAAAACUGAAUGCAGUAAUCCUGAUGGAGACCUGACGACAGCUUUCUACAAUGGAAGCAUUGACUCCAGAUUUUCAUAUUGAAGAAGACAAACAUCUGUUUUUGAAUGCUAAAAGUGCCAAUGAUUCUGGUGGCAAGAGUGAUAACUUGUAUUGAUGUGAUAGUACAGUGUGUCUCUAAUACUGAUAGAUGCACUAGUAUUUAAUCUACAGAUCUGUAGAAAAGCUGCUGGAAGAGGAAGACACUAGUUGGCCACAUCACCCAAUAGUCAAUUUUAUGAUGGAGGAUACCUGACAUAGGAUUGAGGUAUACAGUGAGAUCAAGGCAG